UUUUUUUUGUGUUUGAUGUUUUAAUAAAAUGCACAUUAAGCAGAUUAUAAUACAAGGCUUUAAAAGUUACAAGGACCAGACGGUUGUGGAGCCAUUUGAUAAGCGUCAUAACGUUGUUGUUGGACGCAAUGGUUCUGGCAAAAGUAAUUUCUUCUAUGCUAUACAAUUUGUGCUAAGCGAUGAGUUUACGCAUCUGCGUCCGGAGCAGCGCCAGGCACUGUUGCACGAGGGAACAGGAGCCCGAGUUAUUUCGGCCUAUGUGGAGAUUAUAUUUGACAAUUCGGACAAUCGUGUGCCUAUCGACAAGGAAGAGAUUUACUUGAGGCGCGUCAUUGGAGCCAAGAAGGAUCAGUAUUUUUUGAACAAAAAGGUGGUGCCCCGCAAUGAAGUGGUCAAUCUACUGGAGUCGGCUGGCUUCUCCAGCUCCAAUCCCUACUAUAUUGUCAAACAGGGUAAAAUCAAUCAAAUGGCCACCGCAGCGGACUCCUAUCGAUUGAAACUGCUCCGUGAGGUGGCGGGAACACGUGUCUACGAUGAGCGCAAGGAGGAAUCGUUGAAUUUGCUGCGCGAAACCGAUGGCAAGGUGGAGAAGAUUAGCGAAUAUCUCAAAACAAUUGAGGACAGAUUGCAGACUCUUGAGGAGGAGAAAGAGGAGCUGAAAGAGUAUCAAAAGUGGGACAAAACAAGGCGAACUCUCGAGUACAUACGCUACGAAACGGAGCUGAAGGAUACGCGACGUGCUCUGGAGGAACUGCUGCUGCAACGCAAAUCCUCCUCGGACAAGAAGAAGAACUACAACAUUGAGAUUCAGAAGGCGCAGGAGAAGAUCAAGGAGGUGCAAAAGAAUCUGAAGGAGGCGAAGAAAAAGGUACUCAGCACCAAGGAGGAACGCUCGGUGCUCAUGACCGAACAACAGCAAUUGCUAAGAGAGAAAACCAAAUUGGAUCUAACCAUUGUCGAUUUGAAUGAUGAAGUGCAGGGUGACAACAAGUCCAAGGAACGCGCCGACCAGGAGCUAAAGAAUCUCAAAGUAACAAUUGCUGAGCGAGAGAACGAACUGGAUGAUGUGAAGCCGAAAUACGAGUCAAUGAAACGCAAGGAGGAGGACUGUUCCCGUGAACUGCAGCUGAAGGAGCAGAAGCGCAAGGAGCUCUAUGCCAAACAGGGUCGUGGCUCGCAGUUCUCGUCGCGUGAGGAUCGCGACAAGUGGAUACACAAUGAGCUCAAGUCGAUAAGCAAACAGACAAAGGAUAAGAUCAAUCAUCAUGCCAAGCUGGUGGAGGACCUGAAAAAGGAUGCCACCUCCGAGAAAGAUCUGGGCACCAAGAUCGAAGAGCAUUCGUCGGAGCUGGAGCAACUGCGUCUCCAAAUCGAUGAGCACAAUAAAAAGUACUAUGAGCUUAAGAAAACCAAGGAUCAUCAUCAGUCGAUGCGCAACGAGCUGUGGCGAAAGGAGACCCAGAUGACCCAACAGCUGCAGACACAAAAGGAGGAGCUAUCACGAGCGGAUCAGGCACUACGCAGCAUGGCCGGCAAGCCCAUACUUAACGGAUGCGAUUCCGUGCGCAAGGUGCUCGACAGUUUCGUCGAACGUGGCGGACAAUCGGCAGCGAUAGCCAGAGCAUAUUAUGGCCCAGUGAUUGAGAACUUUAGCUGCGACAAGACGAUCUAUACGGCCGUCGAGGUGACCGCUGCGAAUCGUUUGUUCCAUCACAUUGUGGAGUCGGAAUACGAGGGAACACAGAUACUCAAGGAGAUGAACAAACUGAAGCUGCCCGGCGAAGUGACCUUCAUGCCGCUGAAUCGUCUCCAGGUUAAGAUCCAUGACUAUCCCGAUGAUCCCGAUUCGAUACCCAUGAUAUCCAAGCUCAAAUACGAUGAGCAGCAUGACAAGGCGUUGCGCUACAUCUUUGGCAAGACGCUCAUCUGUCGUAAUUUGGAGCGUGCCACGGAGCUGGCCAAGAGCACGGGUCUCGACUGUGUCACACUGGAUGGGGAUCAGGUGUCGUCGAAGGGUUCCCUCACCGGCGGCUACUUUAACACAUCCCGGUCGCGUCUCGAGAUGCAAAAGAAACGCACCGAGUACACACAACAGAUUACCGAGUUCGAGAAGAAGCUGAGCAAGUUGCGCAACGAGCUCAAAUCGACGGAGAACAACAUCAAUUCAAUUGUGUCCGAGAUGCAAAAGACGGAGACAAAGCAGGGCAAAUCCAAGGAUGUCUUUGAGAAGGUGCAGGGCGAGAUACGCUUGAUGAAGGAGGAACUGGUGCGCAUCGAGAAAUAUCGGGCACCCAAGGAACGUUCCCUUGCCCAGUGCAAGGCAUCGCUGGAGGCGAUGAAUAGCACCAAAUCCAGUCUGGAGGCGGAACUCAAGCAGGAGUUGAUGUCAACGCUUUCCGUGCAGGAUCAACGUGAGAUUGAUCAACUCAACGAUGAUAUACGUCGUCUCAACCAGGAGAACAAGGAAGCCUUCACCCAACGUAUGCAGCUGGAGGUGCGCAAGAAUAAACUGGACAAUUUGUUGAUCAACAAUCUGUUCAGGCGACGGGAUGAGCUGAUCCAGGCGCUGCAGGAGAUCUCUGUGGAGGAUCGCAAGCGUAAGCUGAACAAUUGCAAAACGGAGCUGGUGUCCACGGAGAAGCGUAUCAAGAAGGUCAAUGCGGAUCUGGAAGAGAUCGAGAAGCGGGUCAAUGAGGCGGUCCAACUGCAAAAGGAGCUGCAACAGGAGCUGGAGACGCAUGUGCGCAAGGAGAAGGAGGCGGAGGAGAAUAUCAACAAGGAUAGCAAACAAUUGGAAAAGUGGACGACCAAAGAGAAUAUGCUGAAUCAGAAGAUCGAUGAGUGCACCGAAAAGAUAGCCAGUUUGGGUGCACUGCCCCAAGUGGAUGCCGCCUACAGUCGCAUCUCGCUGAAGAACAUCUUCAAGGAACUGGAGAAGGCCAAUCAGCAUCUAAAGAAAUACAAUCAUGUUAACAAAAAGGCACUCGAUCAAUUCUUAAGCUUCUCCGAGCAGAAGGAGAAGCUCUACAGGCGCAAAGAGGAGCUCGAUAUUGGCGAUCAAAAGAUCCACAUGCUCAUCCAAUCCCUCGAGAUGCAAAAGGUCGAGGCGAUACAAUUUACAUUCAAACAGGUUGCCCAAAACUUUACCAAGGUCUUUAAGAAGCUGGUGCCCCAAGGUGCCGGAUAUUUGAUACUCAAGACAAAGGACAACGAGGGCGAGGAGAUGGAGAAGGAGGUGGCCAAUUCCGAUGCAUUCACGGGCAUUGGCAUACGUGUCUCAUUCACCGGCAUCGAUGCGGAAAUGCGUGAAAUGAAUCAACUGUCCGGUGGACAAAAAUCUCUCGUUGCACUUGCCCUCAUCUUCUCCAUACAGAAAUGCGAUCCAGCUCCGUUCUAUCUAUUUGAUGAGAUCGAUCAGGCACUGGAUGCAAUGCAUCGCAAGGCGGUGGCCGAUAUGAUACACGAGUUGAGCGACACCGCACAAUUUAUUACGACCACGUUCCGGCCGGAGCUUCUCGAGAAUGCCCAUAAAUUCUAUGGUGUGCGCUUUCGGAAUAAGGUCAGCCACAUUGAUUGUGUUACCCGCGAGCAGGCCAAGGACUUUGUUGAGGAUGAUAACACACACGCUUAGACACUUCCCAUCCCCUCCCAAACAUCCCACUGCUCCUCUUCCUCCACCUCCUCCACGUCACAUUCAAGCAUUUCUUAAUGAUUAGUUUUAAUUGGUAUUAUUUUUUUCCUUGAUUCUCCUUAAACAAACGAACAUUAUUUAUAGUCCUGUAAUUGUAAUUGUUCAGCUAUGCAGCUUGUAUGUCAGCGAGUCUUGCUCCGAUCAAGCAAUCGCUGUUUAUAUGUGCACUUUGAAUAAAAUGACACAGAGAAAUCUUA